AUGCCGGUUACAACUCCAGUGCCGACAUUGCCAUGGAACUACAUUGCAAAGUUGGUUUGCAUUGGUGAUUCUGGGACUGGCAAGUCCAGCUUGACUGUUCGACUGUGUGAAGGACGCUUCUCCGCCACCCACGAUGUUACCAUUGGCGUCGAGUUCGGGUCUCGAAUUGUGCCCGUCGGUCCUCCAGCCAACGCAUCUCUGGGCAUUGGGGCUCCCAGCGGCAUUGCUUCACGCACCGACCCUAGUCAGCAGAAGAAGAUGAAAUUAUCAUUAUGGGAUACGGCAGGUCAAGAAACAUACAAGAGCAUAACUAGGAGCUACUUCCGAGGCGCGUCGGGUGCGUUGUUGGUUUUUGACAUAACAAGACGGAGCAGUUUUGAGUCUGUAACGUCAUGGCUAAAUGACUUGCGGCAGAUUGCGGAAGAGGGCAUCGUGGUGAUACUCGUGGGGAACAAAUCCGAUCUGGCAAAUCAGAGCGUCGAUAUCGAAGGCAAGACGAAGCGUGCUGUGACAAGAGAAGAGGCAGAGGACUGGUGUCGGCGGGAAAACGUGGUUAAAUAUGUCGAAACCAGCGCCAAAAACGGAGAGGGCGUCGAAAGGGCUUUUCUCGAAGUGGCAGAGAGGAUUUAUCAGAACAUCGAGGCUGGCAAGUACGAUCUGAAUGAUCGAAGAAGUGGAGUGAAGGGCUAUGGCACUGGUACUGGAAGAAAUGAUACCAAAGGUGCUCCAAAGACGGUCAACCUCACCAUGAAUGAUGCUGUCAAAGGCAACGGAAGAAAUUGUUGUUGA